GCGGGGAGUAGCCGGGAGAGCACCGUUAGGGCGGCCUUUCGCGCGGCGCCCAACGGCGCCCCUGGAAGCGGCGUGUGGUCCCCUGCCACCGUCCAGGCUUUGCUGGUACCCUGGGACAGGUGUCAGCUCGCUUCCCAAACGGCUGAGACACUGAGUUAGGACGAGGGAAGGACAGUCAGCAACUGCUAGAGCUGCGUGGAGAUCUAAGCUGGACGGACGUGGGGUCCUUUCCCCCCACAGCGUAGAAACGCCAGCCAAUGUUUUCUCAUUUGGACCCGGACUCCGUUUUGGGAGCAGUCUUGUAGCUGGAUCACCCACGAAGAGCGAUUCCAAAGAAGAAAACAUUACAAUUUGGGACACUUAUUUGCAACUGGAAAUGGGGAAUGGACUGUCAGAUCAAACUUCUAUCCUGUCCAGUCUCCCUUCAUUUCAGUCCUUUCAUAUUGUUAUUCUGGGUUUGGACUGUGCUGGAAAGACAACUGUUUUAUACAGGCUGCAGUUCAAUGAAUUUGUAAAUACCGUACCUACCAAAGGAUUUAACACCGAGAAAAUUAAGGUAACCUUGGGAAAUUCUAAAACAGUCACUUUUCACUUUUGGGAUGUAGGUGGUCAGGAGAAAUUAAGGCCCCUGUGGAAGUCAUACACCAGAUGCACAGAUGGCAUUGUGUUUGUUGUGGACUCUGUUGAUGUUGAAAGGAUGGAAGAAGCCAAAACAGAACUUCAUAAAAUAACUAGGAUAUCAGAAAAUCAAGGAGUCCCUGUACUUAUAGUUGCUAACAAACAAGACCUGAGGAACUCACUGUCUCUCACAGAAAUUGAAAAAUUGUUAGCAAUGGGUGAACUGAGCUCAUCAACACCUUGGCAUCUGCAGCCUACCUGUGCAAUCAUAGGAGAUGGACUAAAGGAAGGACUUGAGAAACUACACGAUAUGAUAAUUAAAAGAAGAAAAAUGUUGCGGCAACAGAAAAAGAAAAGAUGAAUGACAAUACCUUUUAUAUCUGUGUGGAGUAGGUUUUCUCUGGUCUGAUUUUGACAAAUGGAAGAGUGUCUACAGCCUGGUUUGCGUGUCUGCCUUCCUGGAUGCUAUUAAAGCUUUGUUUUGUUGAACAAUCAGAUGCCCAAUUCAUUUGCCUUUUGGAAGAUGAGUAAAUGCAGUGCUUCUUAAAGUGGUCUCCUCUCACUACCCUAUAAAUCUAUUGGUACUACCAUUUUGGGAAGCCAUGCAAGGAUAGUAAAUUGACCAGAAAACAGUUGUGGAAGUUUGACCUGAAGUUAGUAAAAUAAAACUCUGAAGAGUGUC